AUGGAACAUAGAAGAUUGCGCAAAGGGCCGCUGCCUGGAGGUCGUCAGGGCGCGUCUGGAGCUGGCGCUGGACGCGACAGCAUGCGAACCGCCAGCCGAGCGCGAGGUGCUGCACGACCACCCAGCAGCCCCUCGCAUCCAUCAUCCCCACCAGCUUGCUUGGUGUCGGCAGGGUCUUCGCAGGCCCAGCAAUCGGCACCCGCCACUGGUGGAGUACGCCGCAUGCGAUGGACCAUCAAUAUGAAUUCAAACGCAUUGCGGGCGUAUUUUAGGGCGAAAGGGGGAGAAAUUGGAGGUUUCGCGUAUCGGGCUAGGAUGCAUCGUCUUUUUACUGAGCUGGAGCCAUCUAUUACUGUCACCGAGCAAAACCUGGCAGACCGAGUUCGGUAUAUCUUACGCUCAAAUAUAUUUGAUGGCGCCGAACUCGAACGGCUACGACGUGAGGCUGUUCCCUCAUCAAAUGAAAACGCUACGACUGAGGGUGCGGUGCCACAAGUUGCAGAACAACCCGCACACGUGGAUGCCGCCGAGAAUACCCCAGUGGUUGCUGAUUCAAAUGAUGAUGGAACAUUCACCCAGGAACUAGAAAUAGAGCAAAUGAGGAGUACAUUGGAAGAGGCGAUUAUGGAAACGCGCAGUACGCCUCUCGAAAAUCGACCGCGACUUCCCCGCAUAGCCCUAAGCAAGCGGAAUCGGGCUGUCGUGAGGGCUCUGAACCCAAUGCUGGUGACCUAUUUGGAAGCCAGCCGGGACCUUUGCGAGACGGACUCAAUUCUCUUUGGCGCCGCACUGGCAGUCUGCCGUAUUAUAGGCGCCAAACUUUCCACGGCUGGACGCACUACUGGACAAAGUAGUGCUAUCCCAGCCUGGAGAACAAGAAUUGAAGAACGUAUCGCAAAGGCUAGGGCCCUCAUCGGCAGACUGAUAUGCUUCAGGUCAGGCAAUACCAGGCCAAGGAUUGUGCGCACCGUCAGGAUGGCGUUUGCUGGGACAAAUGUUAGUUUGUCCCAGCCGGAUAUAAUGCAAAAACUGACGGAGCGCAUAGACGACCUGAAGCAGAGAAUCGCUGCUUGGGGAAAGCGAAUUCGGCGAUAUACCGAGAGGUCGACACGGUUCAACCAGAAUCGUCUCUUCCAGAGUGAUCAGAAGAGGCUCUAUAAAUCAUUGGAGCGACCAAUGGUAAGUGGAACGGGCCCAGUACUAUCGAAUCAGGCCGACACGGUCGCAUUCUGGCGCAGCCUGUGGUCAGAGCCCGUAAACCACAACGAGGGCCCUUGGACGGAAGUUGUGGCGAGUCAGUGUGCGGGUAUUACGCCCAUGGACCCCGUCACCAUAACGCCGGAUGACGUAGCUGAGGCGGUCCGUAGGGCCCCGAACUGGAAAAGUCCGGGACUCGACGGGCUGCAUCACUACUGGCUGAAGGGGUUCGUGAAUCAAGAGCUAAAACUAUGCCCGUCAUACAAUCUUGUUGUUGGUAGAGGAGCCUUCGUCGCGGUUGCUACGCAUCGGCGUUCUGUACGAUGGUAA